CUUGUGUAAUUUGUUUCCACACGGCAUGUUUUGGUGAACGUACCAGUCGCGGUGCAAAGCCAAAUAAAAAAAUCAGGUCAACAUAAUGGAGUUUGCAGAGCUGAUAAAAACACCCAGGGUGGACGGGGUGGUCCUGCACCGACCCUUCAUGCCCACCGUGGAGGGAACUCUAUGUCUGACUGGUCAUCACCUGAUCCUGUCCUCCAGACAGGACAACACAGAGGAGCUGUGGCUGCUCCAUUCAAACAUAGACUCCAUAGAGAAGAGGUUUGUGGGAUCUCUGGGAAGCAUCAUAGUCAAAUGCAAAGACUUGAGGGUGAUCCAGCUCGACAUCCCUGGUAUGGAGGAAUGCCUCAACAUUGCCAGUUCUGUUGAGGCUCUGUCCACACUUGAUUCCAUCUCCCUGAUGUACCCGUUCUUCUACCGGCCCAUGUUUGAAGUCAAAGAGGAUGGAUGGAAUUCAUUUCUUCCACAGGACACCUUUAAAGACUUGGAGUCCAUGACAGAUGAGUGGAGACUGAGUGACGUCAACAAGGACUUCAACGUGUGUCCUUCUUACCCCCCUCUAGUGGCAGUGCCCAAACACAUCGACGACGACCUUCUGAAAAAAGUAGCCACCUUCCGUCAUGGUGGACGUUUUCCGGUGCUUAGCUACUACCACAAGAAGAACGGCAUGGUGAUGAUGCGAGCCGGGCAGCCGCUGACGGGCACGAACGGGCGACGCUGCAAGGAAGACGAGAAGUUGAUCAAUGCCACUCUGAGGCCGGGGAAACGGGGAUACAUAAUCGAUACGCGCGCCAUCAACGUCGCCCAGCAGGCCAAAGCUCGAGGAGGGGGGUUUGAGUCUGAGGGUAAUUAUCCCCAGUGGAGGAGGAUCCACAAAGCCAUUGAGAGGUAUAACGUCCUCCAGGAAAGUCUGAUUAAGCUUGUGGAGGCCUGUAACGAUCAGUCGCACAGCAUGGACCGCUGGUUGAGCAAGUUAGAGGCGUCCAGCUGGCAAACUCACAUCAAAGAGAUCCUCACCACUGCUUGCCUGGCUGCCCAGUGCAUCGACAGGGAGGGCGCCUCGGUGCUCGUUCACGGCACGGAAGGGACCGACUCCACCCUGCAGGUGACCUCUUUGGCUCAGAUCAUUCUCGAUCCAGGUUGCAGGACCAUCAAAGGCUUCCAGGGGCUGGUGGAGCGAGAGUGGCUCCAGAACCAGUCUGUGUCUCCGUGAAAAGACCGUGUCCCUUUGGUCAUGGGUCAAUCGGCCACAGGAGCUGGAGCGUCUGACCAACCCUCUUUACGAGGCCAACAGCCUUGUGAUCUGGCCCUCUGUGGCUCCUCAGAGUCUGCUGCUGUGGGAAGGAGUGUUCCUUCGCUGGAACCGUUCCUCCAAGUGUUUGGAUGAGGCUUAUGAUGAAAUGGUGCACAUUAUUGAAUACAACAAGGAACUUCAGACCAAAGUGAACAGCCUGCGCAGACAGUUGGCCCAGCUGGAAACUGAAGACCCCCUGCUACAAACGCCAUAGAUGGAAAAGAAAGACGCCGAGAGCUUGUCGAGCAGUUGGUAAACAGUACCCCAGGAGGCCCACCGGAGACAUUUCCCACUGCUGUGACGAAGCAAUCAUCUGACGAGGUGCCUGAAGAAUAAAUAACCAGAGAUCAGCUGCUUCACAGCCGUGUAACAGCAUGUUGACAGUUCUGAAGCUCCGCCUUCGCUCGCUUCCCCACCGAGGACGUGUAACUGUUCUCAUACUGUACAUGACUGAUCACGUACACAACAAAUCUGUGGUCCGGAAGGGGAAAUCAUCUUCCUAGAAAUGAGUGGAGUUUUAGGGUUAUUGAAGUUCAUCCAAGUAAAAUAGGGAAAAAAACUGCUUUUAUACUGACACUCGCUUUUUAUGAACUUUAUUUCCAAUUAAAGGGUUAAAGAAUUCAAAGAUCUCAGCUACAUGACUAAAUCAUUUA